CGUUCUGCUUAAAAUUCCUGUUAAUUCUUGGCUACAGAUAUUUAAACUUCCCGAAUCGACAUCUACUGUGGACACAUUAGAUUCUUUGGAUCUCUUUUAGGGAUAUUGCACUGGUUUACAAACAAAGACAAAACACAAGCUGGAAACACAAAAAUAAAAUAAACAUUUUAAAAAAAUCCAAACAUGCCUGAUGACCAGAGAAUUCGAAGACUACACAAUGAUCUCAAGGCGAGGCUGGCGAUAGAAUAUCUCCACCCUACAGUUAAUAGGGGCACUGACCGUCAAAGGUUUCUGAUGAACUGUAGAGACUAUCUGACAACCCCCAGAGAACAGGCCAUUGAAAAUGUGGUCAAUGUGCUGGACAUCUUCGAGCAAAAGGGAAUCAUGUCUCCGGGAGAAUAUGGUAAUUUGAAAGAAGUCGUUAGAAAUUUGAACGUGGAGAUCUUAGAACUGAUCAGGGAAGCAGAGGACGGGAUAAGACGAAUAAGGGAAGGGGACGGCGCACAAAAUACCGAGAGCAGAGAGAAUGCCUCAUAUGGUGGCUACAUUUGUAACGCAAGAAACAUCACAGUCAAUGGGGGACACGUUACCUUUGGACCCAUAGGAUAAGCUCUCCGUUGAUCUUGGAGUUUCAAUACCCGUUUUAGCAUCAAAUUUUAUCUUAGAGACCACUAAUAAACCUCAAAACAUUUUGAUGCAUGUAAUCAUUAGAUAUUUUUAGAAUUCUUUAAAGUUCAUACAUUCAAAAUAUUUGCGAUUGUUUUACUUCAAAAUAUAUAAUUGAUAUUCGCAAUUGAUUUAUUGCAUUAAUGCCAUUUGCAAAUUGUACCAAAUGUCAUUUUUCUCGCUUGGAUGUGUAUUUUUUGUUAGUGAUAGACCACACGGUUGUGGGGAUACAUACUUGUGCUUGUGUAUAGUUAUAUAUAGGACCCACCUCGUCAUUGUUUUCGUCUGUGAUUUCCUUCCCUUCCACGUGUGUCCAUCCUUUCAUUAAUAUCUAUGCGCACUUACAUUUUGUAAGGAAGUAGAUUCGGGACCUUGGAAUACUCCAAUAAUGUAGUGGUCGAUGGAAGUGUAACCAUAUAAGAGUUAACCCUCUGUCUUAAAGAAUGCUUUACACAUGCAGUAGUUUCAUUUUUCAUUUUUUUAUUGUAUUGUCAAAGUUUACUAUUUUGACUGAAUAUAUAAUAUUGAUUGUUG